CAAUGGAGGACAUUCAAUCACAGCACGUACCAGACGCAUGCUUUAUCAGAGCGCCUUUGGGUGCAGCUGAAGUCCUGAGCUGUGAAAUGGCCGAUGCCCUCAGCUGCCUCAUGGUGACCGGGGCGGAGGAGCUGGUCAGCAGAGUGAUCAGGGUCAAAGUUCAAGGCAGAGCCAACUUCCACUUCCCCGUGACCUUGGUCGUGCCCUUCUGCGCACGUUACCGGGGCAACUACCGGGAUGUCGCUGUCAAAAUAAUCGAUGAGGAGAGGAGGGCGAGUUACGUCACUCCUGCAACAACAGAGGGCACGUAUGGAGGACAGAGGGGCUCAUUUGCAGAAGUGAGGGUCUACGCCUUAGGUCUCUGUGCAGUGGUUUCCCGUCUCAAAAGAGAAAACUACACAGUUCCCAGAAGGGGUCUGUCACUCAAGCUCGCAAUGGACCCCCGCAUUUGUCUCAACUACCUCCCAGGAGCCUUUGCUGCUCCAGUGAUGGCACAAACCAAGAUCCAGCCUGUGGACACCGUCCUUCUGGCGGCCGUCAAGUCCAGAAGCGAUGUCUAUUAUUCGGUGGCGUCUACGAGCCCACUGCUCUACCUCACCCACCCAAGCUCGCAGCCCCUGAGGAGACCCCUCACUGUCACCCUUCCCUGUCCCCCGAACCCUGAGAGAAAGAGGGACGUGAGGGGACAAGAGAAACAGACGGAGCAUCACCAUGGCGGACGUGUUGCUCCAGCAUGGGAUCAACCUGCUUCCAAUAGAGUGAGAGAGUUUCGUGCCUCUCUGAAGUCCCCAAAGGAAACGUCCAAUGAGCUGCUCAUAGUUCUGGUGUCAAGGGACAAACAGUGGAGCGUCUUGGAGAAAGUGACCGUCAGGAACCUGCAGAACGGACUGGUGUCUGUCGAGCUGACAGAAAACUUUGACAGACUUUUGCUGGUCCGUCUCCUCUCCCCCCUGCAGCCCCCUCACCUCACCUCCCUGGCAGAGCGGCUGGAGGAGUCGGUGGGCUGCCACGCCGUCACCGUUGUUCUCCAGCGCCGCCGAGAUGAUCCUCACACGGCCCUGGUGGCGGCCAUGCUCAGCCGGGACCUCAGCUGGGAGCUGAACAAACUGAGGGCUCAGGGCUACGGCGGCCCGCUGGAGGCCUCAUCAGACAUCUCCAUGUCCGAGGGGGAUCAGCUCCUGCUGCGUUUCAGUGGCAACAUCACGUCCACAAGAAGUCAAAACAACCGAAAUGACGUCCCACACGAGAGACUCACCUUUCACACUCAGCGCACGAAUCACCUCCUGGUGCGACUGACCGAAGUGGACCCGUUUGGGAACUACAGCUCCCCUCACUACAAGGGGGCGGCCAUGUUUUAUAAGGUCAACAGAGGUCAGCUGGAGUGGCGAGGGGACGGAGCCGUCCUGAUGGACAUGAAGCUGCUGGGAGACCCCGUGUGUGCACUGUCACUGACUUUACCUAAGAAAGUGCGUAGUGUGAAUCGACCCGUGACAGCGAGGGUGAAGUUAUGUGAGGAGACAGACUCCCUGUCAGACUCUCUUCUUCUCUGGUUGGCCGGCGAGCUCUCAGAGGAGGAAGUGGCCGUGCUGGUUCUGUCCCUGCGUCUCCGUCGCAGCGUUGCUCAGCUGGUGAGGCUGCGGGCCGGGGACAGCCUGACCUCCCAGGCCUUCCACGUCCUGGUGACCUGGAGGAGGGGGCUGCCCGCCGCCCCGCACCAACUCAAGGCCUCUCAGCUGGCCCGCUGCCUGGCCAAGAGCGGCAGGCCGGAUCUGGCCAGAGAGCUGCUCCUGAGACAGGCCGCAGCCACCAGACAGGGCUCGAUGACAUAGGAGAGAGAAAUCCCAUCACAGAGCUUUUUUAAUGCUGACCUGCUUGCAGUGCUCGGUUUAAUCCACAAGAUGUAGGCAUUUGACUAGGAGAGUUUUUAUUCUCCUCAGACUUGAGUUGAAUCUUACACACCACUG